GUCAACAAUGCAGCCCCGCCCUGUUUGAGGGCUUCCAACAUGGCCGCCCUAGCAACGGUAGCACCUGCGGCGGUAACCAGGAGCGACCAGAACAGCAAGAUGAAAGCUGAUCAGCUCAAGAAAGCUGAAUUCAUAAGAGAAGGGGACAAACUAAAAAAAGAACUUCUGAGCAUUGAAAAGGAUAAAAAUAUCAUUCUCUUCAACAAGAAGAAUGACUUCAGGAUGGAAUAUAACACAUUGGAAGAACUGGAACAUAAACUGACUAAGAACCGGAAAGCAGAAAAAGCUAAUAUCCAACAAAAUUUGGGCAGAAUUUAUAAUAAUGUUAAAGGACUCCAGCGACAAUUAAAACACGUGAAGCCAACCCCAGAAUUUGUUGACGGACUCAGAGAAAUGAUGGAAGAAGCUGAAAUGGCAAUAAAUACUUUUAAAGAAGAACAGCAACAAAUAUAUGAGGAGCUUAUGAGAGAGGAGAAGACAGCUACUAAUGAGAUUAAUGCGUUGGAGAGAAAAAUUGAGCUCUGGGCAUUAAGUACUACAGGAACAGGGAAAAUGUUCAAACAAGGCAUGCUUGUAGAGGAUAAAAAGACACAAAAUCACCUGCCUCAUGGAGUGCUUGAGCUUGAAAAAUUCCUUCAACAGACAGGGGAGAAGCAAGGAGGUUGGGAUGUAUAUGAUCACCAAGAAUUUUUGAAAUUGUGGACAAAGCAUAAAGGAAAACCAUCGUACAUUGAUGAAGUCCUUGAUUAUCUUCCUAACAGAACAAGGGAGGGUAUUCUGCAGCAUGAGAAAUGGUAUCAAGAAUUUCUAAUUUUAGAAGCGCAAAAAAAGGAGUCCAUUCAAAAAUGGAAGAUAAAAAAGCUACAAGAGAGAGAAAAAAUCUUAGCCCAAAAGAAGGAGAAGCCAGAGGAAGGGCUCGCUACAGCUAUACUACAGCACGCAGCAGCCCAGAAGCAAAAAGCUGAAGAGGAAAGGAAAAAACGACUGAAGGAACUUGAAUUGUGGAAAAGGCAAAAAGCAACAGAAUAUGCAAUGAAACAGGCUGCUCAGCUACAAGAAGAGGAAGAGAAGGAGAAGAAAAAGCAGAAGGAACGUCAGAGGCAAAUUCAGAUAAAGUUGCUGUUGGAAGACUACAGUAGGCAGAAAAAGGAGGAGGAAGAGCUUUUGAGACUUGAGAAGGAAAAGAGAGAGGAAGCUGAAAGGGAAGAGAAGAGAAGAAUUGCUGCAGAAGAAAUUCCUAAGUUCCAAGAGCGAGAUUUAUCUAAACUUGUGUUUAAGAUUCAAGAAAAGCAGGCAAAGGAAGACAAAAAGAUAGAAAAAGAAAGAAGAUUGAGAGAAAAGUUGAGAGAGAAGGUUGAAAUGAAUGUAACUCGAGACCCAUGUAGGCUGUUGAAGCCUACAAAAGUUUGGGAAGAACGAACAAAAGAGAUUGGACCAGAAGGUUCAGGGCCACUUCUGCAUAUUCCGCACAGGGCUGUCCCAAGCUGGCGACAAGGACUAUAGCUGGAUGGCUGCACAGUUUUAUUAGAAGAUACGCAAAAGAAUGUAUAAAUUUCCUGAAUAUUUUUAAUUGUCUUACUAUUCCUGUUAUUGUUUUUGUAAUACUUUAUUAUUUAUUAUUAUUAUGUUUUUAUACAGAGUAUGAAUUUAUGUAAAUUUGCAUUCUAUGUCAUGUACAUUUGAUCUUUUAUUUAACAUCCUUAUGUGGAUUACAGCAAAAAUUACUAGUUAAAUGUGUAAAAAUGCACUGUUUCGUACUUCAUUUGAAUUUUCUUAUUUCCCCCCUGGAAUCUGUAUUCAGCAAUUUAGUUCUAGGCAUGUGACUAGAAAUGAAUGCACUGUUUUAUAAUAAAUUUAAUAACAUUAUAAAUUCUUUUUUGCUGCAUUAUUGAGUUGCUAAUUCAAAUUUGUCCCAUACUAUUUUACUUAUUAUCUUACAUUUAUAUAUU